ACUAUCUUUGGCACUACACCGGCUCAGCCCUACAAAGCUAGCCGACAUGAAGAAACAGAUAGAGUAUCUCAUCAUAAAAGGACCCAUCCAUCCAUCUACCGCACCAUACGGUGCCCUAGUACUCUUCACACCGAAACCGGAUGGAAGCCUGCGCAUGUGCAUUGAUUGCCGAGCUCUCAACAAGCAGACCAUCAACUAUAAAUACCAAAUUCCACGAAUCCAUGACCUGUUCGACCAGCUUAUGGGAGCCACGGUAUUUUCCGAACUGGAAUUGCGGUCCAGAUACUGGCAGAUAACAAUAGUGGACAACUCUAUCCACAAAACUGCCUUUCGAACUCGGUACGAGUAUCUGGUAAUGCCGUUCGAACUCACCAACGCACCAGCAACCUUCCAAACCAAUAUGAACCACAUUCUACACCCACUCUUGGACGAAUACGUGGUGGUAUACCUGGACGGCAUCCUCAUCUACUCACACGACAUGAAGCAGCACGUCGAACACCUGCGACGUGUCUUCAAUAUUCUUCGACGGGAAUGUUUCUACGUCAAAUUAUCCAAGAGCGAAUUUUCCCUCAAGAAGGUCCAACUCCUAUGACACAUGGUUAGCGCUCAAGGAGUUCACG